CUGUAAAGCAUCUGCUUCAAGGCUCAAUGUGUUGUGCAUUAUGCUCUUCUGCAUACCUUCGCCUGAAACGAGUUGAGCUCAUGCCUCGCCUGGCUUUCUAUUACCUCAAACCAGUCUUGGCAUUCUCCUUUGACAUCGACUCGGCCUUUUCUCCCAGAGAACUGCUGCUCACUACAUAUUUUCUGGUUUUCGGGAUGGAGAUGAACGCGUGAGAAAAUCCUAGUACAUCACCAGGUUCUCAAAUACUCAGACCAGCCCGUCUUCUGGUCUUCACUUCUUUCACCAUACCACUUUCGGCAAAUCGUCUUGACCAUGUCUACAUUGCUGGAAUCGAAUUGAUAUUUAUUUAUAGUUGCAUAAACAAACCGUUGAAUCAUUGUUCCUAAUAAAGGGGCCAGUGUGUGUAGAUAUUUUAGUUGACUAUCUACAGUAGUCUGUAAUUAUUUGAAACCCUGCUGUUACAAUAUGUGUUACAAUAGUAUUGAGUACACCUGACGCUUUUAAAGUACUUUUCAAGUGUUUUGUGUUUACUGUUCAAUUGAUGCUGAUGAACUCGUGGCAUGCAAACAAAAACACAGAGGACAUGCAUGUGGUUGGUUCAGUCACAGAGAUCUGGGAAUGUUAUUGGGGAGGACCAGUGAAGCUAUGUUUAGCAUCAUCUCAGUGGUAAGUAGAGAUCACCAACAUGGCAUGUCGUGGCACAAGAAAAAAUAGAACCUGAAGUAGCAGUGACACCAUGUCAAGCCACUCAGACGCUCUUCUCCUCUCCGUGCUACACUCCAUGAAAACAAGUUAUGGCUGCUGCUGCUGCUGGCACUGUGCUGUCAAAGGAGCACUUUCUUUGCCCAAUCUGUCUGGAUUUGUUCAACCAGCCCGUCUCCACUCCUUGUGGACACAACUUCUGCAGGGAGUGCAUACAAGGAUACUGGCAGAGUGCUAAGUUGUCGCAGUGCCCCGUGUGCAAGCAGAAAUUCUCCAAGAGGCCUGAGCUCAAGGUUAACACCUUAAUCUCUGAGGUGGCCUCUCUGUUCAAGGAGUCACUGGAGAAAAGAGAUAAAGGUGAAGAGGAGCAGCGUUCAGGCCAGGAAGGAAACGUUUCAUGUGAUGUGUGUGCUGCGGAAAGAGUCGAGGCUUUUAAAUCCUGUCUCGACUGUUUGGCCUCUUUCUGUGAGACUCAUCUGGAGCCCCAUCAUAUGCUGGGCACUUUCAAAAAGCACCGCUUGAUUAAUCCCACAAUGAACAUGCACGACAGAGUGUGUACGAAGCACGAGAAACUCCUGAAGCUGUUUUGCGACACCGACCAGACAUAUGUGUGCCAGCUCUGCGUCGAGAGAGACCACGAGGCUCAUCGCGCCGUUCCUAUCGAGGAGGAGAGCCGUGGCAAGAGAGCUCAAAUUGGAAAGAUAUGCAAAGAGGUGGAAAAAACGAUCCACCGUCGAUGGCAGAAAAUCUGCAAGAUUGAUGAAAGUGUGAAGCUCAGCAGGGGAAACUCGGAAAGAGAGACUGAGGAGAGUUUGCAGGUUUUCACCAAACUGCUGCACCUUAUCCAGAGAGGCCAAGCUGAGGUGGCGGAGCUGAUCAGUGCAAAGCAGAGACAAGCUGAGAGCAGGGCCGGUGGAAUCAUCACGGAGCUACAGCAGGAGAUUGAUGAGCUGAGGCACACAAGCGCAGAGCUGGAGCAGCUGUCGCGGACUGAAGACGACUUUUACCUUCUCCACCGCUUUCCAGCUUUCUCCACACUGCCAGCUACCAAAGACCGCUCUUGCACUGAUGUAGAAAGUGCUGUGUACGUGGGCAUGGUGAGGAGAGCAGUCAGGAGAGUAGCGACGCAGCUAGAGGAGACUGUACAAAGGGAGGUGAAGAGGCUGUGUGGGAUUGAAUUCCGGAGGGCUCAACAGUGUGCUGUGGAUGUAACGCUGGACCCUGAUACAGCUCAUCCUAAACUGGUGCUCUCUGAAAACAAGAAGCAAGUCUUUCAUGGCGACAUGGCACUCGGCCUUCCUGACAACCCUGAGAGAUUUUACCCAGGUGUAAGUGUCUUGGGAAAGGAGGGUUUCUCCUCUGGCAGAUUCUACUAUGAGGUUCAAGUAAAAGGGAAGACGGAGUGGGAUGUUGGAGUUGGGCUUGAGUCUGUCAACAGAAAAGGGGGCAGCAUGCUGAACCCUGAAAGAGGCUACUGGACUCUGGGGAUGAGAAGUGACAAGACCUACUGGGCGCUCAGCAACACUCCUGUCUGUUUGCCACUGGUGGAGAAGCCGCAGAGAGUUGGGGUGUUUGUGGAUCUGGAGUGGGGCCAGGUUUCCUUUUACAACGCGGACUCUGGUUCCCAUAUUUACUCAUUCACUGGAUACUCGUUCAAGGAAAGACUCUUCCCCUACUUUAACCCGCGGCGUAACCAUGGUGGCAUGAACUCUGCACCUCUGAUCAUCCCACCUGUCAAAGUCUCUGCUUGAAUGCUUUCAUUUCCAUGUUAAAGAUUUAGUGUCAUAUAAUGGUGAGACGGGCAACUUCACUCACCUUGUCCUUUUCUCAGCUACAUCAAGGAACUAUGGUGGCCUUCACCUGUCAGAAAGGAUGCGAACAAUCUCUUUCUCUGGUGUUUCCUCCUUCUUCAUCAUCAGUUUAUACAUUGGGGAGACACAAGAUGGCAGCAUCCAUAUUGCAUGACCCUUGCUUAAAGCACACAGAUGUUGUUGUUUUUUGAAGUGAUUGCAUAUAUUUGCACACUUAGAAAUAGUGUAUUUAUCCAAUUUCUGUCUUAAUAUUACACAUUGGAAGCUGUGAGAUGUCUGUGGCUGUGUUUGAUUGAAUUAAAUUGUGUUUACUCUAAUGAAA